AUGGCCGAAGUGGCCGGGACCAUCUUUGGUGUCAUUUCUCUCUCCAUUCAGCUGUUUGACAAAUUUAACACGUACACCAACAGCGUCAAAGAUGCGAGGAGGAAGGCUGAACAGAUCACCGGCGAACUGGACAUACUGGUGAGCCUUCUUGAGAAUCUGGAGACCAUCGUUAGCAGACUGGACCCUACUACAUCCACCGCAUUGACUAGGAACAGCAUCCAAGAAUGUGCACGGGCUGUUGAGGUGAUCAGAUCGAGACUCGGAGACGCCCCGGCAGUGAAAGGCUCUGUCAGGUUCUGGACACGUUCUAGGAACGUCAUCAAGCGACUGACAUAUCCCUUCAAAGAGAGCGAUAUCAAGUACUGGAAAGAUGUUCUGGCUAGCAUCCAACAGAGCCUGCAGACCGCGUUACUAGCGUCGCAAACCGAUCAGCAGCAACGAUAUUUCACGACUCUACAGGCACAGCUUGAUCAGCUCUCCCUCAAUACAAGUGCUGGAAUUCAGAUGAUCCUGGAUCAGCAGCGACACGCCAAAAGUCUAGCUGAACAGACCAUAGGCCAGCAUGCAGGCGUAGAGGUCUCUAGCUACCGAAGACACGAGGGAUCAGUCCAAUUCUUCCUCCAGGACUAUGAUCGUUCUUCUACUCAGAACACGUCAUUCGACUCUCACUCUCAGAUUAGUUCCAAAACCGGAAGACGUCAUGUUAUCUCUGGGUCGCUACUGCCAAUUUCUGCAAUAGACCUAGAAGAAGAUAUCACGGAUUUUCGAAAUAUCGAGCGAAGAAUACGACCAAACCGUCUGCAAUUGAGAAAGAAGCCAGGUUAUAUGUUAGACGACGACGACCGUUACGCCAUUUCACCCAUGGAUGGCUCUCAUGAGCUGGUAAAAUUAUUUCAAACACGUAAGGCAUCACCGCAUGACCGCUUGAGAAAUGGGACGACGCUUCUACACUAUUUCUGCAUGGAAGUAUCUUUCCGAUACCGUAUAGGUACUCUCCCGUACGACAUUGAUAAAUAUCGAUCGGUCGCCGAUCACCUACUACGCUACAUGUCCUAUGCGGAUGCAUCGGAUACCGAUGACGAUGGCCGUACAUGCUUAGACUUUGUUGUGCGGGUCUCCAAGUUCGAUCAUCGAUAUGUGCCAUUUGUCACCGAUCUCUUGCAGCAUGGGCUGAAAAUAUCACCAAAAAGCUAUCCUAUUGAUUACAUAAUCUCUUGGAACCUACUUCCAUUCAGUGAGUUUCCGGACUCCUUCAUUGGUUGCAGUGAUGCAACUGUGGCAGCAUUGUUGAGAUCAGAAGCGGACUUUAGUAAACUUGUACAAAGAGGCCACCCGGAAGAGGUAUCGAAGCAGGAAGAAGGGUCUGAACUCUACAAAUUGGUAACUCAGAUGGGUUGGGUACGUGGAUGCCAGAUCCUUGUUGACACAGGCUUCAGGUAUGCAACACAAGUACCCGAGGGUUGGGGGAACGGGUCGGAUGACUUGGGCUAUCGGUGCCUUCUCUUCAAAGCUUUAUAUUCUCGAAAUCAAGAGAUGGUAAAGUUCUGGCUUGGAAAACGCGAACAUGCUACGAAGGGUUACCUCACAGAUAUCGGAAACCUACAAAGUGCCUUGGUAUGGGCUUCGGAAACGUCAGAAGCAAACAUGGCAGAGAUCCUUCUUACGAAUCUGGUCGAGCAGAGAUCCUGGAUCCAAGAAACCCUGGAGCUGUAUGGUGUCGAGUGUGAAUGUGCGAUCAGAUCAAAAGGUUUACUAGACACCCAUACCACUUGUGCACUACGUGCACUCGAUGAACAGGGCUUUGAGCCACUACCUUCUUUUCGGCCGACCUUUGAGAACAUUUACAGCGUCGAGAUGAUCUACAACAGCAUUUUCUUAGGGGUUAAAGACCCACUACCAACUCUGAACUCUCUGUACGACGCCGGUUUCACAGACAUCGCAAAAGUGGAUAUCAAAUGCCGCUGGAACGACCCUCCCUCGCCAUUGCACAUCGCGAUAAAAUGCUAUUCUUAUUACGGUCCUUGGUUUAAUUCGUUGUCUAAGUUCUUCGAAAUGGUAGAUUGGUUUCUCUCCAAGGGAGCAGACCUGACCGAUUGCUGGCCGAGAUCGAGGAUUACUACUUUGCAUUUUAUCAGCGCAAAAGCAGCUACCCUCUUCAACCCAAGCGUAGGCCAAGCGAUUUCAGAAGGCAUUUCAGACAACGUCGCAGAUCUGUUCCAACAUACACUUAUAGACGACUGCGAAUGCACUGACGAAUCCGAAUUCCCGCGUCAACCUCUGAAGCGCUAUCUUCCAGACGAUUCACGACGAAUUCAGGAAGAAGAUGCUCAUCUUGUGGUUAUCUUGGAAGAAAUGGUACCUCUUUUCGAUGCCCGGUAUGACACACACGAAGGCGAUCUCCAAUCUUUCGUGGACAAGAUCCUGCUACCGGAGGUGGAGAUCAUGCUUCACCGACUGAAGCAAGAGGAUGAAGCGUUAUAUGCCGAUGAAAGGCGGGAUAUGGGGGUUGUAAUGGUCAACGAAUGA